UUUAAAGCUGCAACGGAUCACCCCUAUACAGAAAGUGUGUGCGUAGGAUUGGAGCAUGCACAUACACUCUUUCCAGUUUCAAAGCAAAACAAAGCAAACCAAAGGAAAGAGAGAAACUUUACUAAGAUAGAGUGAGAGAGAUCCUCUGUUCCCUUUGUUUAUUGUGAAAGAGAGAUACAAUCAGUAGGAAUAGGAUAAGUGGGUUCAUCGAAAGGUCGGUUUCUUUUGGAGGGUAAAAACAAGCACUCGAUUAAGAGAGAGAGAGAGAGAGACAGAGAGAGAGGGUACUCAAGACUCAUGCUUUGGUCCGCGUGCUUUGAUGAAAACUGAUGGGUCUUGGUUUGUUCCAAAUUAAAGCCCCACUACUUCUUAAAAAAGAUCACUGCAGUGCCUUUGUUCAGUUUUUGUUCCUUGAUUUUGGUUCUACUCUGAAGGGUUUUGUGUGGGCCUUCUGCUUUUGUGCCCCAACAUUGGAUUGGAUUGGAUUGUUUGUUUUCUCUCAGAAUAUGGGAUUCUCAGAAAUGGGUCACUCUUAAUUUGAACGAUCAUAUGCGACAAACAGAUCUGCUGGGUCGUCUACAGAGCAAUUCUUGGAUUUUUAGAUGAAAAAAUGAGAGAUUUCUUGCUGGGAUGUAACGGCUUUUUGUAUUGGGGUUCCCGGUUUUGUAUUAAAGAUGUUAAAGUUUGCUUCUUUUGGCUGAGAUAGAGAGGGACUCGCAGCAACUCAUGAUAAUGGGCUCAGUUGAGGAGAAGAUUAAAGCAGGGGGCUUGCUUAGUGGUGCACAAUCAAGCAUACUUGAUGAGAUGAAGCUAUUGAAAGAACUUCAGGAUCAUUCUGGGUCCCGGAAGGCUAUAAAUUCAGAGUUAUGGCAUGCCUGCGCCGGCCCACUUGUUUGUUUGCCUCAGGUGGGAAGUCUUUCAUAUUACUUCCCUCAAGGACACAGCGAACAGGUGGCGGUUUCCACGAAAAGAACGGCAACCUCACAGAUUCCCAACUAUCCGAAUCUCCCAUCUCAGUUGCUAUGCCAAGUUCAAAAUGUUACACUGCAUGCAGACAAAGAAACCGAUGAAAUCUACGCACAGAUGAGUCUUAAACCAGUGAACUCUGAAAAGGAUGUCUUCCCGGUACCAGACUUUGGACUAAAGCCUAGCAAACAUCCAAGUGAAUUUUUCUGCAAAACUUUGACUGCAAGUGAUACAAGCACACAUGGGGGCUUCUCUGUGCCGCGCAGAGCAGCAGAAAAGCUCUUCCCUCAACUAGAUUUCACAAUGCAACCACCAAGCCAAGAACUUGUUGUCCGAGACUUGCAUGAUAACAGCUGGACAUUUCGCCAUAUUUAUCGCGGGCAGCCGAAGCGGCAUCUUCUCACAACUGGAUGGAGUUUGUUUGUUGGUGCAAAGAGGCUUAGAGCAGGUGAUUCGGUGCUGUUUAUCAGGGAUGAGAAGUCACAGCUAAUGAUUGGUGUGAGACGAGCAAAUCGUCAGCAAACAACAUUACCGUCCUCAGUUCUAUCUGCUGAUAGCAUGCACAUUGGUGUCCUUGCUGCUGCGGCUCAUGCUGCAGCCAAUCGAAGUCCAUUCACUAUAUUCUACAAUCCAAGGGCAUGCCCUUCAGAAUUUGUCAUACCUUUGGCCACAUACCAAAAGGCCAUAUAUGGGACCCAGCUCUCAGUUGGAAUGAGGUUUGGAAUGAUGUUCGAGACAGAAGAGUCGGGUAAGCGCAGGUAUAUGGGUACAAUAGUCAGUACUAGUGAUUUAGAUCCACUGAGAUGGCCUGGUUCAAAGUGGCGGAAUCUUCAGGUAGAGUGGGAUGAGCCAGGGUGUUGUGAUAAACAGAACAGGGUUAGUUCAUGGGAAAUUGAGACUCCUGAAAAUCUUUUCAUAUUUCCUUCUCUGACUUCGAGUCUUAAACGGCCAUUACACUCUGGAUUCUUGGGAGCAGAAACUGAGUGGGGAAAUUUGAUUAAAAGACCAUUUAUCCGUGUUCCUGAGAUUGGAAAUGGGAACUCAUUUCCGUACUCGAUUUCAAAUCUAUGUUCGGAACAGCUAGUCAAUAUGCUACUGAAACCUCAACUUGUUAAUCAUGCUGGAACUUUAGCUGCUUUACAACAGCAAUCACCUGCUAAUGGAGAUCUAAUAGCAGAUAUGAAGGCCAUGCAGGCCAAACUCAACCAAAAGUAUCCGGUUUUCUUUUCAGAAGAUACAUCUCUACAGAGUCAAAACCCUCCCCAAUCAUCUCUGGAUCAAUCUGCUGCAAUAAACGUGAAUACAACAUCUCAUGCAAUUCUACCAGGAAAGCUGAACAACCUAACAAAGUUUGGAAGUCAAGCACCAGUUGGAAAUAGCACUGACAAGACAAAAUUAGAAACUGAUUUUUCUUCGGAUCAAUUAAGCCAGUUGAAUUCUACAGGACAGGGAAUUGAAGAUAAAUUGGCUGCAGGGUUUGUUAAUCCCUAUAACCUUGUGAACCAGCUGACAUUUGCCAACCAAAACCAAAGUGCAGCACAACUACAAACUAGCCCACGGCCUAUGCAGCCGCCUUUGGAAUCAUUACUUUACCACUCCCAACAAACUGAUAUGCCUAAUUCAGAUUUCAAUAGCACAAAUGGUUCGCUUCCAUUCCUAGACAAUGAUGAAUGCAUAUUUUACCAGUCUUGUCAACCCUUUGCCGGGACACUUAGAUCACAGGGGCCUUUGUCUGUGUUUGGUUUGCAAGAUUCUUCAGCUGUUUUAAGUGAAGCAAAUAACUCCCUAACUUCAAUUGGUCAGGAAAUGUGGGAUAAUAGCCUGAAUAACUGUAGGCUUUUACCCCAAGUGGAUCAGCUCACUUCAUCCCAUCAAGGUCCUGGUAGCCUUAAUUGUAUUUCUAACUCAAGCAGUCUGAGAGAUUUGUCAGAUGAGAGCAACAAUCAAAGUGGGAUUUAUGGUUGUCCAAACGUUGAUGUUGGUAGUGGUGUAAGCACUGUUAUUGACCCUUCUGUUUCAAGCACCAUACUGGAUGAGUUUUCUACACUAAAGAAUGCAGAUUUCCACAACCCCUCAGAUUGCUUGCUUGGUAACUUGAGCUCGAGCCAGGAUCUUCAGUCUCAGAUUACCUCUGCAAGCCUAGCAGACUCCCAGGCUUUCUCCAGGCAAGACCUGGCAGACAACUCAGGCGGUACAUCCUCAAGCAAUAUAGAUCUUGAUGAGAGCAGUCUACUGCAGAACAACAGUUCAUGGCAUCAAGUGGUUCCACCUGUGCGAACCUAUACAAAAGUACAAAAGACGGGAUCUGUUGGAAGGUCAAUUGAUGUUACUAGUUUCAAAAACUAUGCAGAACUAUGUUCUGCAAUUGGAUGCAUGUUUGGAUUGGAAGGGCUGCUAAAUGACCCAAGAGGUUCAGGGUGGAAAUUGGUUUAUGUGGAUUAUGAGAAUGACGUUCUACUUGUUGGGGAUGAUCCUUGGGAGGAAUUCGUUGGUUGUGUUCGCUGUAUCAGAAUCCUUUCACCUACAGAAGUUCAGCAGAUGAGCGAGGAGGGAAUGAAGCUUCUGAAUAGUGCUGCAAUGCAAGGGAUUAAUGGCACCAUGUCCGAAGGUGGCCGUACUUAAGAUGGCUGCCUCUGACCGUGCCAGAUUGCACGAUAAGUUUGCAACUAGGAUGCAUUGUUGAGUUGUUUCCGGCUUGAUUGUGCCUGAUGUAUUGAUCUUACUAUGCAUUCAGAAAACUCAAGCUAGGUCAGUUGAUGUGGCUACUAGUGUUUAGCUUUUGUGCUUUAGGUGGAUUUGAUGUAUUAAUAGCUGACAUUAGUUAGCAGGAAGUGAAACUAGAUGAGGAAACUGUACUAGUGUACCUGGGACAUUUGUGCUUGAUGUAGCUUUUUAUAUCUACUAAACACGGCAUAGUUGAAACUUUUAUAUUGAAGCAUUAACAUAGUUGAA